AGAAUGCAGUCCACGAAGGGUUUAACCUUCAAGGUGUCGAGAAAAAACCCCGAGCUGAUCCCUCCGGCAAAGGCGACGCCUCACGAAUUCAAGCUCCUCUCCGACAUCGACGACCAAGAUGGCCUCCGCUUCCAAAUUUCAUUGAUUCAAUUCUACCGCUCCCAGGAAGGCAAGGCCACGGAUCCCGUGAAGGCGAUCCGUGACGCCAUUGCCAAGGCUUUGGUUUCAUACUACCCUUUCGCCGGGCGACUGAGGGAACGCGCAGCCCGGAAGCUGGUGGUGGAGUGCACCGGAGAGGGUGUCAUGUUCAUCGAGGCCGACGCGGGCGUGACGCUCGAGCAAUUUGGAGAGGCUCUUCAGCCGCCAUUCCCAUGCGUAGAAGAGCUGCUUUAUGAUGUUCCUGGAUCAAACCAAGUCCUUAAUGCACCCCUCUUGUUGAUUCAGGUUACUCGGCUGAAAUGCGGAGGAUUCAUCUUCGCAAUCCGCCUGAAUCACACGAUGAGCGACGCGUUCGGACUCGUCCAAUUUAUGUCCGCGGUUGGUGAACUCGCCCGCGGCGCUGAGGCCCCUUCCAUCCCACCGGUCUGGGAGCGACACCUCUUCAACGCCCGCCACCCGCCGACCGCCACAUGCACGCAUUGCGCGUACGACGACGUCGUUCCUGACACCAAAAUAGGAGCUCCCAUCCCACCUGACGACAUGGCGCACCGCUCCUUCUUCUUCGGCCCGGCUGAGCUCUCCGCCCUCCGCAGCCUCCUGCCUCCCCACACGCGCCGCGGCUGCUCCACCUUCGAGCUCCUCACAGCCUCCCUCUGGCGCUGCCGCACGAUCGCCAUCUCGCCGGAACCCGAGGAUGAGGUCAGAGUCAUGUGCAUCGUCAACACUCGGCGCCGAUUCAAUCCACCGCUCCCAGCCGGCUACUAUGGCAACGCCUUUGCUUUCUCAGCUGCGAUAGCCACUGCGGGAGACUUGUUAACGAAACCGCUUGAUUUUGCAGUAGGGCUGGUGAAGAAGGCCAAGGACGAGGUGACGGAGGAGUACAUGAGGUCGUUGGCGGAUGUGAUGGUGAUUAGGAACCGCCCAUAUUUCGCGGUGGCGCGGACCUACCUGGUGUCGGAUGUGAGGCACGCCGGGUUCGGAAAGGUGGACUUCGGGUGGGGAGAACCGGCUUACGGUGGACCGGCGAAGGUUGAUGAGAUUCCCGGAGUGGUGAGCUUUUACAUUCCUUCUAAGAAUAACAAGAGCGAGGAAGGAGUGUUGGUUCCGAUAUGCUUGGCCGCGAAUGCCAUGGAAGUGUUCGCGAAAGAGGUUCAGGGGAUGUUGGAAGGUGUCGAUGGCCGGAAAAAGGGGGUGUUCAUAGGGUCGGCAAUGUGAAUUAGUCAUCACUAAUAAAAUAGGCUAAGUUUGUAAUAAUGUUUUGUUGAAAUCGUAGUCCGGUCAACGA